CUCCAAAUGCUAAUUCCAACAGCCGAAUAGCGGUCAGUACGCUACGCUCACUCACUCAUAGCGGUCGUGUGCCCGGCUACCCGAACGACCUUGUGCUUUGAUUAUAUUUGAAUUUGUUCUAUUUCCGAUUAAAAUGGAAUUACUAGUGCGGUUGUUGCAAUUUAUAGCUAAAAUCAUCUAUGCGAUAGUGUAUCCCCUACUAAAUUUUCUACUGCCGCGAAAAGGUCCAUCCACUAUACCACCGAUUCGGAAUCAACUGGUGACACUUCCACUGGUCGAAGUAGUAAAGUUGAUGCGCCAACGAAAGUUUUUUGCAUUCGUCACCAGUGUACGAAAUGAAGCUUUCCAUUCUGAAAGCUUUAAAGUUCUUUGAGAAUCGUGGUUGUAAAAUCGAAAAAGCUUCAAUGAAAGCUUUCAAACACUCAGUUGAAGUGACGUUUAGUUGUGUUGGACUUCUGCAAGACUUCCCUUAUUUAAUAAACAGUUCAAAUCCAAAUAAAGUACGAGAACAUUUGAUUGAAUUUGCAAAAGCUCUUUUCGGUAAGUCAGAGUAUACCAAAGAAGCGAUAUACUUCGAUAUCUUGCGACGAACCCAUGCCUUCAUGAAGAAAGAGAGUUUACACAAAUACAAAGCUGAAGUCGAGACAUUGAAAACUGAAUUAGCUCAAAUGUUAGGUCCUAAUGGCGUUCUCUUCUUUCCCACUUUCCACGUGCCUGCUUUGCAUCAUAACACCUCCACUUUGGCGUUAUGGAGUAUAGAUUAUACUAUGAUUUUCAACAUCCUCGGUUUCCCAGCCACUCACAUUCCUAUGGGCCAUGAUGGUAAUGGCUUGCCUGUUGGCUUUCAAGUUGUCGCUGCACCGUACAAAGAUAAGCUAGGCAUUCAAAUAGCUGGCGAAUUGGAGUCAGCAUUUGGUGGUUGGGUUAUACCUACGCCACAUGAUCUCCAGCCCUUAGAAAGGAGUUGAUAAAUGAGCAGUUGAUGAUUUUUAUUUAUUUACAUACAUAUAGUAUGUAUAUAUGUAGUUAAAAAAAGAAUAAGCAUCUUUAUAAAGUUUGUACACUUUUGUAUACUAAUAAAGUACUUAAAAAAAGAAAC